UGGAUAAAUCUGCAGUCAUCUUUCCCGCGCGUGAAAAUCAACAUCUUAAAAACACCAUCAAAAUCCGAUCCUAAAUUCCCGAUCCUCCUCUAACUCCCUCAGAAUCCCAUCGUCUUUUACCUGAUGGCUCCCACCAUCUCCAACAAUGUCUCCAUCCUACCUCCCAGCUCUUCAAGGAGAAAAAGAAAUACGCCUCCUCCACAUCAGCUCCACCACAGCAUUCACCUCCCCCAUAACCUGCAUCCUCAAAGCACACUCCCUAUCCGACAAACCUGUUUAUGACGCACUAUCCUACACCUGGGACAAUACAGGUGGUUUCAAAUCCAUUAUUGUGAACAGCGUGUCUUGUAACGUGACAUCGAAUCUAGAGCUUGCAUUGAGGCAUUUGAGGACUUGUGGUGGCGAAGGGGAAGAGGGAAAGGAGUUGGUGUUGUGGGUCGAUGCUCUGUGUAUUGAUCAGAGCAAUGAUGAAGAGAAGGCGGUGCAGGUUGGGAUGAUGGGGGAGAUUUAUAGGAAUGCGAGGAGGGUAAGGGCGUGGAUUGGGGUGAGGGAUGAGGAGGAUGUGGAUGUGGAUGAUGCCAAUAUCGAUGAUGAAGUGGAGGGAGAAGGACUGGGGAAGAACUGGACUGUUUGGAAGCUCUUGGAGGACUUCGGUACUUCGCAGAAGUUUGAUUGCUGGGAUGAGGAGCAGCCGCACAAGUUGCGGCCUGGGAAGGAUUUAGAUGAGAUGGCAAACUCACUCACAAAUUGCUGGGAAACCCACAGUGGUAAGCAAUCCUGGAUGGUGCUAGCCAGGCUUCUCAAACGUCAGUACUGGAGACGAGUCUGGAUCCAGCAAGAGCUCUACAACAACCGAGAAGUCAUGGUCCACUGUGGGUUUAGAUCAGCACCCUUCGAAUGCUGGACUCGAGCUCUAGAAGCCCACUCACAUGAGUGCUCCAUCGAUCCUUCUGAUCGAACGCUCAAGCUACCUUCUGGACGUGUCAGGCCGAGCUCCCAAAAACUCAUACAAGCAGGUUCACUAGUCGUUUGGUUCGGCCUAGGGCGUCGUUACCAUGAGCGUGUGAAGAGUCGACAAGCUCAUUUUCGACUGUUGCGCGAACAAUUAUCUAGAGGAGCCACGGAUCCGAGGGAUAAAAUCUAUGGUAUUCUGGAUAUGGUGGAGUGUUGGGCUGAAGGACGGUUCAAGGCUGACUACACAGCUUCCACUGCGGAGGUGUACACUCGAGCUGUGCUCUCUACUAUCGAGCAUUGGAAGUCACUUGAUGUACUACUGGAUACAAUGCCCUGUCCAGUCGAUAUGAGAAUGCCAGGUUUGCCGACAUGGUGUCCUGAUUGGAACCAUUACAUCGGGAUGUCGGAGGAUGGAUCAGAGGAGGCAACAGACUUGAAAUGGGCUGAAGUACCGCACGGCCUGAAUCGGUGGUGCGAUAAUAAGUUUGACUACAAUCGGAACAUCAAAGGCCAUAUCAAAGUUUCGGACAAUGGGCGGGUACUUCGCUGUUUUGGAAUCAAGUUGGACGAGGUGUGCGAUGUAGCGGAUGGCCCAUGGAGUCCAGGAAACGAAACCCCAGCAUAUGAGAAUCUCGAGCGACUUUUACGUUUGACAGGUGCUGAGCACGACUCUGGACAAAGAGAGGCUCUGUGGCGUACACUGAUCAGCAAUCGUGCUUGGGAUCCGGACUUUGAAUCGACUCCGCAGAGGUUCGUACAGGCACCUGAUGACUUUGGCGGGAGAUUCGAGACCUGGCUUGCGAUGGCUCGUCUGAGGCACAAACUUGACCAAACUCCGGACGAUGCUACUCUUCAACCUCUGAGAACCGACGGGAGCCUUUUGGCAAAAGCAGUUCUGCCUAUGGACCAGCAACCAGAGCCUGGAACGACCAGUGAGGAGGCUGUGGAGCAAGUUGUCAUGUGGCAGCAUCCUUUUCUAGCCUCCUGCCAGAUCGCUUCACGUUGCCGCCGAUUCUUCAUGACAAAAGGUAACCACAUGGGUUUAGCACCUGUUCAUGUUCUACCUGGAGAUGUGCUUGUUGUGUUGUACGGUGCUACGUUACCGGUCGUUUUGCGGCCUGUCGAGCUGCAUUUUGAGUUUGUGGGGGAGGCUUAUAUCAAUAAUUGGGAAAGGGGAGAAGCGUUGGACUUGGCCGAGAGUGGAGAGAUGAAAGAAUGUUUCUUUGAGAUUCGCUGA